UUGAAAAAGCUGACAUACCAAACUCCGGCCCGGUUAAAGGAUGCAAUACAAGAUGUUCUUGGUCCAUUACGAUAUCUCUUGGAGUUUGCCUUGCCUUGUCUUUUCAUCAUAUUCUAUCCAGUUUACGAGUUGGUCCAUCUCCUCGAGAGAGAUGAAACGACUGCUGCAAAUACUAUUGAUCUUCUUGUGCAGUAUUGCCGUGCAUCUGAUGAAUUUUCCAAUGCAUUCUAUGUUGAAUUUACUCAAGAGAAAUACCACGAAAGGAUUCAUGAUAUUGUAGCUGAAGCUUCGAGCGCCCAAGUUUACCUUCAAAUGCGUAUUUUGGCCAGAUUUGAAGGAACUGGCAACAGAGGACUGCUUGAACUCGCAAAUUCACUGACCUUUACUGGAAGAGAACAACUUCGCCAAGCAUUUCCGGAUUUAGCUUCCGAAAAAGACGUUGAAUCCAACAUCGCGAAAUUUGUAUAUCCGAAUUACCCUAUGGAAGGAGAACUAGUUCGUGAUGUAAUUAAAGGUAUACCAGACUGUAUCGCAUUUGGAGAGACCCUUGAUCAAGAAAGGGCAAAUGACCCGAAUGCUGAAUAUCAGCCAUUAGUCGAAGAAGAAGAGGAUAUCUUCGAAGAAUCUGAUGGUGAGUCUUCAACUGAUGAGGAUUAUCACGAAGAGGAAGAAAUUGCAGAAUUUGAAGAAGUUAUUCCGGAAGGCUACCAAUCGGUUACAGCCGUAGAACCUAUAUCAGAUCAAGAAAUUGACAAUUAUAUUGCAGCAAACCAAAAUCAUUCAAAUACUAACGAUCCGGACGAUGAAAAUACUAACGAAUCUACAGAAAAUGAAGAUAAUACUAACGGAUCUGACGAUACCUCAUCGUCAGAUUUUCACGAUGGCCAGUUUGGCCCUGAAGAUGGAGUCACUUUUGAUUCAGUCUUGCAUCCACAGCUUGCACAAAGACAGCCAUAUCGCAAUGAUAAGCUGAGAUUAACUCCUCAAGCUUUAUUAAAUCCACAGGAAGAUGGAAAAACAGAUUAUGAAGGUCUUUGUGAUUUAUCAGGUAACUCGAUAGAUAAGAUGUCAAUCGCAUUAUACCAGAUUGCACAUUCUUUAGAUUACGAUGACACGCAAUAUGUAAAUCUCCUUGCUCAGUACAGAAAAUGGAUCAAAUAUGGAUUACACAGAAACAGCUUCGAUUUGAGUGAACCAGAUCCGUAUAAAUUCUGGAAAGCAUUAGUCAACAACCAGAAAUGGAAAGAGCUAGCACGUAUUGCAGUGAAAUUAUUAUCGGCUGCAGCAACGGAAGCAGCUGUUGAAAGGUUAUUCUCUUAUCAGAAGCAUCAUUUUGAUUCCCUUAGUUGCCGUGCAUCAGAAGCAUUGGUCAAAGCGAAAAUGAUUUUCUUGUACAUUUACAAUUCAAAACGACGCCGUAAUCAAAAGAAAUCUAAGUAA